GGUGCAGGAGUGCUGGGAACACGCCACCGUGUCCCCUUGCGGUGACAACWGCCUCGUGCCGUCCUGCCUGGCUGCUAGACCUCAGCUCUGGUGUCAGGUCUAAGGUUCACUGAUCUCGGGCUGCCUCUCACCUUUGACACCGCUCCCGGCGCCGGUGCUUUCGCUUUGAGCCGCUCCCGGCACGGAGAGGCUCCAACACACGGAUGGGGCCGUCAUCCCGUCAGCCCUGACACACGGACUGGAGCCCUGGGAGGAGAGCAAGGCUGCGGGAAGGACAUGGCACAGACGGUGACCCCGGGCACCUCCCCGGAGGGYUCUCGUCCCUCCUACAUGUACAAGAUGGUCCUGCUGGGCAGCAUGUCCGUGGGGAAGUCRAGCCUGGCCUACAGAUACGUGAAAAAUGACUUCAGGGAGCUGCUGCCAACCGUGGGAUGCUCCUUCUUCACACAGACCCUCAACCUGGACGAGGCCACCGUCAAGCUUGAGAUCUGGGACACGGCAGGCCAGGAGAAGUACCAGAGUGUGUGCCACCUGUACUACCGGGAUGCCCACACCGCCCUCCUCGUUUAUGACAUUGCUAACAAGCAAACAUUCAGCAGAGCAAAGGUGUGGCUAGAGGAGCUGGAGAAKAGAUUCCUUCCUGAUGAAAUCGUCAUUGCUCUGGUGGGGAACAAGACAGACCUUGGUGCUGAGCGAGAGGUCACCACUGAGGAGGGGGAAGAGUUUGCACGAGCAAAAGGCCUUCUGUUCAUGGAGACAUCUGCAAAAUCCAGCUAUCAAGUGAAUGAUGUCUUCAUGGCCGUGGUGCAUGAGCUCUUGAGGAGGGAAAAAGAGAAGGCAUCGAACCCAUUCCCACGGGAGAGCGUGGACCUGGGGGCGAGCGGGGCGAGGACGCGGUGCUGCCGCACCUGAGGACACUCAAAGGGACAGUGACAAAGCUGCGGGGACUCAGAACUGCAGGGACAGCUCAGCCUGACCUCCCCUCCCUCUCAGGGYGAGUUCAGAGCCCGUCCUGGGUGCACGGGGCCUCUUCAACCCUUCAGCACCAUCUUCAGCCACGA